UAAUUUGCAGGGGAUUUGGAGCUUGGAUUCCUCAGGAAUUGGAUUCUCAUUCCUCGUUUACCUACUAGCUAUAUACACGUAUAUAUUUAUAUUCCUAGAUUCUCUAUAACGUUAUAUUAUCUUGCAUGCAUCUACCCCUCCAAUCUCCAUCGCUUCAAGUCCAGGAUCCAACUCAUCUUUUGCUGCUGAUCAAUUAGGAGGUUGAAAACAAUCAUACUCCCUAGCCUCUUUCUCGAGAUAAUCAUGAACGCUUUAGUGGCAACCAAUAGGAACUUUAAGCUGGCUGCUCGGCUUUUGGGUUUGGACUCUAAGCUCGAAAGAAGUUUAUUAAUUCCUUUUAGAGAAAUCAAGGUUGAGUGUACCAUACCCAAAGAUGAUGGCACUCUGGCAUCUUUCGUUGGGUUCAGGGUCCAGCAUGACAAUGCUAGAGGCCCCAUGAAGGGAGGAAUCAGAUACCACCCAGAGGUUGACCCAGAUGAAGUGAAUGCUUUAGCACAGCUGAUGACUUGGAAGACAGCAGUGGCAAAUAUCCCAUAUGGUGGGGCGAAGGGGGGAAUAGGAUGUAAUCCAGGGGAAUUAAGCAUCUCUGAGCUUGAAAGACUUACCAGAGUUUUCACCCAAAAGAUACACGAUCUUAUUGGAAUUCACACAGAUGUUCCAGCUCCUGAUAUGGGAACAGGUCCACAGACUAUGGCAUGGAUACUCGAUGAGUACUCCAAAUUCCAUGGCUACUCACCUGCAGUAGUGACUGGAAAACCUAUUGACCUUGGUGGAUCUCUAGGCAGAGAUGCAGCAACAGGACGAGGGGUGCUCUUUGCAACAGAGGCUCUUCUCAAUGAGCAUGGGAAGAGCAUCCAUGGACAACGGUUUGUCAUACAGGGUUUUGGAAAUGUGGGGUCCUGGGCUGCCCAGCUGAUCAGUGAGAGUGGUGGGAAGAUUGUUGCUGUAAGUGACAUCACUGGAGCCAUUAAAAACAGCAAAGGAAUUGAUAUCCCAAGGCUACUCAAGCAUGCCAAAGAAAACCGAGGAGUCAGAGGUUUCAAUGGGGGUGAUCCAAUUGAUCCCAAGUCAAUAUUAGUUGAAGACUGUGACGUUCUCAUCCCUGCUGCUCUUGGAGGUGUCAUCAACAGGGAAAAUGCAAAUGAAAUCAAAGCCAAAUUCAUUAUUGAAGCAGCUAACCAUCCAACUGACCCAGAAGCUGAUGAGAUAUUGUCAAAGAAAGGAGUUGUUAUCCUCCCAGACAUAUAUGCAAACUCAGGAGGCGUUACAGUUAGUUACUUUGAGUGGGUUCAGAACAUCCAAGGAUUCAUGUGGGAUGAGGAGAAAGUGAACAAUGAGCUGAAGACGUACAUGACCAAAGGUUUCAAAGAUGUGAAGGAGAUGUGCAAGACUCACAACUGUGAUCUUCGCAUGGGAGCCUUCACCCUUGGAGUUAACCGUGUUGCACGGGCUACAGUACUUCGGGGUUGGGAAGCCUGAGACCAUGCAUGGCUGCCUGCUUUUAAUAAAGAUGAAGGCUCUUCCUCCGAUCAAUGGGACUUCCAUAUUCUUGUCGAGUUUUUUGGUAUUCCUCUUGCGUUUGUAACUUCACCUGGGGAUAUAUCGCCAUUUACACGCACUUAAUAACACUUCAGGGUUUUUGUUUUUUGUU